CAUGAACAGCGUCUGAUCAAGGAGUGACAAUAGGGUUGUGUCUGCCCUAAUAUCGUGACCGCGGCAAAAUGUUGCCUAGCGUAUUGACACCAGGCAGCGCUUGCUCUGGCAGUGGUCGUGCUGCUGUAGGCCAUGUCCUUACUCCGCUUGUGCCAACCGUGCCGAGUAGGGCGCCUCUUUGCCCUCACCUGCUUCAGCCGAACGUGGUGCCGCAGAUCGUUUCGCAGCAGACAACAUGUAGAAUGAUUACCCACUGUGCAACGCCUCGCGCAAAUGCAGCGAGCUCUGUCGCGAAAUUGGUACAUCAGAAUAGCAAGCCUAUGAAAAUCAUCAUUGCUGGCGCUGGUAUAGGAGGCCUCGUGCUAGCAGUGGCGCUGCUUAAGCAGGGCUUUGAAGUACAAGUUUUUGAGCGCGACCUCACGGCGAUUCGUGGCGAGGGCAAGUAUCGUGGCCCCAUCCAGGUUCAAAGCAAUGCGCUGGCGGCUUUGGAGGCCAUCGAUCCUGAGGUUGCCGGAGAGGUGCUCCGGGAGGGUUGCAUCACGGGCGACCGCAUCAACGGCUUGUGCGACGGCCUAACGGGAGAGUGGUACAUCAAGUUUGAUACCUUUCAUCCUGCAGUUAGCAAAGGCCUUCCGGUGACGCGGGUCAUCAGCAGGGUGACACUACAGCAUGUGUUGGCGCGCGCUGUUGAGCGGUACGGCGGGUCCGAUAUUAUUCAGAACGGCUGCUGUGUGACAAAGUUUGAGGAGCGGCCGACGGCUUCUGGUGGCAGCGAGGUCGUAGUACACUUGGAGGAUGGGCGCCAAGUCACAGGCGAUUUGUUGAUCGGCGCCGACGGCAUCUGGUCCCGGAUUCGCAAGCAGCUGAUUGGCGAGACCAAGGCCAACUAUAGCGGCUAUACCUGCUACACCGGUAUUUCGGACUUCACGCCCGCGGACAUUGACAUCGUGGGCUACCGGGUCUUCCUGGGCAAUGGCCAAUACUUUGUGAGCAGCGACGUGGGCAACGGCAAGAUGCAAUGGUACGGUUUCCAUAAGGAACCGGCUGGCGGCACGGACCCGGUGGGCACUCGUAAGGCCCGGCUGUUGGAGAUCUUCGGCCACUGGAACGACAAUGUCGUUGAUCUGAUCAAGGCAACGCCUGAGGAGGAUGUGUUGCGUCGGGACAUUUAUGACAGGCCGCCCAUCUUCACUUGGGCCAAGGGCAAAGUGGCGCUGCUGGGCGACUCGGCGCAUGCGAUGCAGCCCAACCUGGGCCAGGGCGGCUGCAUGGCUAUCGAGGACGCCUACGAGCUGGCCAUUGACCUGUCCAAGGCAGUGGCGGCUGCCGGCGGCAACGCCGCGGCGGUGAAUGUGGAUGGUGUUCUAAACCAAUACCAGGCCAACCGCAUGAUGCGCGUAUCUGCUAUUCACGGCAUGGCCGGCAUGGCCGCCUUCAUGGCUUCUACCUACAAGUGCUACCUGGGCGAGGGCUGGAGCAAGUGGGUAGAGAGCUUCCGGAUUCCCCACCCUGGCCGCGUGAUUGGCCGACUGGUGAUGCUGCUGACGAUGCCCGCGGUGCUGGACUGGGUGCUGGGCGGGAACACCGACCACGUGGCCCCCAACCGCGUGCCGUACUGCUCUCUGGGCGACAAGCCAAAGGCAUUCGACGAGAGUCGUUUUGGCGAGUUUAUGUCUAACGAUGCGUCGAUCGUGUACUCUUCACACGCGGACUGGAUACUGGUUUCGGAGCGGACUGCGUCGGGGGCUGCCGCUGCAGCCGGUGGCGACGUCAACAGCUUCUGCGAGUGCAAGGGCAUCUACAUGGCCACGCAGCAGGCGCUGGUAGGGCGCAGCGGGUCGCCGGCUGAGCCAGCGCUGUCGGUUGACGACGUCCACGUGCAUGAUCGUCAUGCACAUGUGUGGCGCGAAGCCAGUGGCAAUGGCAACGGUGAUGGCAGCAGCAGCGGCGGCAGUGACUACUUCCUGCAGGACCUGGGCACGGGGCGGGGCACGUGGGUCAAUGGACAGCGGAUUCAGGACGGUGCGAAAGUGCAGCUAUGGCCCGGUGAUACGGUGGAGUUCGGACGGCACCCUAGCCACGAGGUCUUCAAGGUGAAGAUGCAGCACGUGACGCUGCGCAGCGAUGAGCUGCAGGGCUCCAGAUACAGCACUCUUCUGGUCGGCAAGAUCCAGGAGCCCAAGGCGGAUGCUCAGGAGAGGAGUGGCGCGAUGGCCGGUGGUCUUGGGGGGGGCAAGCUAGUGGCUGCGUAAAUGGUCUUCUGUGGCGUUGUGUAAAGAUGUUUCGGUCCCGGUUGGCUGUGGUUGGUGAAUGUAACUGCGCGGUUCUACCCAGAGGGCUUCCGCAAUGCGCUGGGGCAGGAGCCAGGUGGGCUGGAGCUGGCAUGGCGUGGGUUUGGGGCCGCAAAGAAAGCAUAAGCUAAGACGAUUAAUGUGAGCACGAUUUUUUAAGGGAGGUAUCUGACUGGCAACUUCCUGUCCAGAUGGCAUGCAAUGUGAACUUGGUCAGGCUAUGUAGAUGAGCCGGCUACUAUUCCUGAAGGUUCGACGCAAUGAAGGUUCGACGCAAUGUAUGGUCGUGGUGACCGCUUUUUAUCACCGUGGUAUUGUCACUACAGCGUCGUGGAUCGCGUCGCAAAUAGUGGUGCAUCGUAUGUCUGUAUGUUAACCAACAGCGCAUGGACAGCGCGUGGUACCUUAUGUAUGGUAUCCCGCAGCGAGAGCGCAGGAGGGAAAGGAGGGGGCCGGUUAAUUGAGCUGAGAAGAUCAUGACAGCAGAAAGAAAUAGUUGUCCAUUGUUGGGGGGUUUAAAGUUCGUGCUAUUAUUGGUCUUUGAGGAGAGGAAAAGGCGCAGCUCGGCAACGAACAGUUUGGAGCUCUGCCUAGUGUUGUUGCGAGACGAAUAUGCGAAACGAAAGAGUGUUGCAUUCCGUAUCUGUAGCGCGGGUAUAUGGUGUGAUGUCGUUUGUAUUUUGUUUGUAAAUGGGCGGCGACCAUUACACGAGUGCUGCCGUCGCUUCGGUGUUGGGGUCAUUGCCCGCGCAGGGGGAGACGCUCAGUACGCGCACCGGAAGCCGUUUGCAGCCUUAAUACUUUCGUCUUGCUGGUCAGUCUGCCUGUCCGUCCGGUUUGUUGGUGAAGAUCAUUUCCUAUUUUGUCGAGAGCUGUGUUAUACGGGAGCGAAUGGAGGUUGCUGUCCGUCCGGCUAUUGUGCUGAUUGGAACAGAGGUUGUAAUUGUGUCGUUUGAAUAUGAAUCGGUGGAGGCGCUUAAUAUGUGCAGCGGCUUCGCUGGUGAGGGCAUAGGCCACAUGCACUCUGUCUGGCUGGCCCCGCUGGCUGGCUGGCUGGCGCACGAAACCCGCUGCGGUGGUUCUGUAGUCGGCGCACACGCUGCUGGAUAUGGUUGCUGGAUCGGAUGUGCGCUUGCAAGUGCGGGAAAAUUUAAUUCUUUGAUGCGCUCGGGGGCCGGUUUUGUUCCUCAGUGCGUCGACCAUGCUGGAGUGUUCGGGGUAUACUAGGUAAUAGCUCGUUUACUGUCCUCGGUUAUGGCCGUUUAGAUGCAUUAGUCCAGAGUCUGACUAGUUUUGCAUUGCGGCGAUUGCAAUUGUUGUCCUAAAGACGUGGAGGAUAACAUAACGAUGACACCAUUUGUACGUGGGGAGCGUGAACCCCCUACAUGAGGAUGCUCGCGUUGGCGACUAGUCACACGGUGUAAAGCUAUUCA